GCCGUCGCCGUCGCGAGUCGCGAGUUCGUAUUCAUUGAUUCAUUUGUGUUCUCGAUGACAAUAAGUCCAUAAGUCUCGCUUCUCCUAGCAGAGAGAGAGAGAAAAAAAAACGGGCGGUCGCGCAUGGAUAUUACGAGUAUAAAUAAACCGACCAAGUUACAAAUUGGCGGUUUUCCGCGGCGUACCGUCGAGCGGGCCGCGUUGUGGCCGCGUCAGCCUCGCGUUAUCCCACCGCAGCAAUUGUAGUGCUCCGCGGGCUCGACCGGGCAGCGGACGACGGGGGAGAUUCGCGCGUGGCCGUAGCCGUAGCCCGUAGCUCAGAGCUCAGGCCCAGGUCCCACUGGUCUGGUCCCAGUGAGAAAUGGCCGCCGUUUUGAGGAGACAGUUCCGCGCCGUGGCGAGCGCGCUCGCCGGCAACGGGGGCUUGCAGCUGCACGUAGCCGCACGGUCCUUGACGAGAUCGUCGAUCUGUUGCGACACCAGCGAGGGAUGGCUGAGCAAGCUCCUGGUGAGGAAGAUCGAGCCGACGAAGGAGCCGCACUCGCGAAUGCUCUCCCACAAGGAGGUCAUUUACGCGUUGAACACUCAUAACAUACGGCCAGACUCGAUUGACAAAUAUUUGGCCAACUAUGAGGAGAACGUCAACCUUAUACACUCGAAAAAAUCUGAAUUGAAUUGCGAAUUAGUGGGUUCGUGGACAGUGGAGGUGGGAGACUUGGAUCAGGCCUUACAUUUAUGGCAAUAUACUGGUGGAUUCGGACGCAUAGAUGACGCGCAAAAUGUGCUUUCCAAAGAUGAGGCUUACCAGCAAUUGCUCAAAGAACGAGGGAAUUACCUAAGAUCGCGUCAUUUGCAAUAUCUGUUGGCGUUCAGUUAUUGGCCACCGCUGGAAAAGCGAACAGGUCCGAACAUAUAUGAGAUACGUAGUUACAGUUUGAAGCCGGGCACGAUGAUAGAAUGGGGAAACAAUUGGGCGAAAGCUAUUAAUUAUAGACGCAACAACGACGAACCGUUUGCUGGUUACUUCUCGCAAAUUGGUAGACUGUACAAUGUUCACCAUAUUUGGUGUUACAAGGAUCUUCAGGCACGUAAGGAGACGCGCGAAAGUGCUUGGAGAUCACCCGGUUGGGACGAAUGUGUCGCUUAUACCGUACCCUUGAUAAGAGAAAUGCAUUCGCGCAUAUUAUGUCCAACUUCGUUUUCGCCCACGAAAUGAGGUUUUACGGGUGCGAACACAAAUGCAUUUGUAUAUUAUACCGGUUAUUUCUUAUAAAUAUAUAUGUACGGACUGUAAUAUUGUAAAAACAUUUGUUACAUGUAUACACUGUGUAGAUUUAAGUAUGAACUAUUUACGCGCAUGAGAAAAGCUACAAAUUUUUGUUGUAUUACAACUGGCAGGAUGUAGUUUGUUACCAUUUGACGUUAUACAUUGGCAAAAGCAGCUAUUUAUAUAUAUAUAUGUAUACAUAUAUAUAUAUGUGUGUAUCAUAUACAUAUAUAUAUAUUACACAUGUAUAUAUACUUACAUAUGUAAUGCCAUGCUUUUGACAAAAUGUCAGUUGAAUCACAACAUAUGCAUUAUAUAUAUGUAUGUAUAGAGAGAGAAAGAUAUAAAGGAAUGGUCUUUAUAAUUACAUGCGUUUUUUCUUCUAACUCAUUCAUCAGCAAUUUUAAAACAUUCCACAGGAAGACAAUACGAUAUCAAUAUAUUCUGAUUUUCUCAUACUUGCUAUAUCUUUCCAUUUUUACGUAUUGUAUUUGAUAUAUAUUGCGAAAAUGUAGGUGGCACAGUAUAACAUAGAACGAAAAAGGUGUUUCUGAAUUUAUCAUGUUAGUCAAAUGUUUAAAUCGUCAAUAAAAUUUGAUUUGCGCAUCACUUAAAGGAUCGGCGAACUGGAUCAAAAUGCAUUUAUAGAUUAACAUUUCUCGACUUUAUUAUCUUAUCAAUAUGUAUUGGAUUAAACAGUUUUAGCUGUUUCCUUUAAGCCUUAAUUUGCGAUGGAGAUAGCGCACCGUACAUACGGUUUCCCCAAUCGAUUUAGUUACAAAAUGUCUAUGUGUAUAUAUUACUUAAAUUUGAAAAUAAAACUGAAUAUUCGUAUAA